GAAAUGCAUCAUGUCGCGUACAUACAACAUUUGACAUUUCGGUCACAUUUCCUGGAGUUACGCUGGGCUCCGACGACGAUUGCACUUACACACCUGCCCCUACUGUGUGCACUGUGGACUAGGCUUAUACUGAUUUACCUACAAUGUCUCGCGAAAACCCCAUAGUGUUCUUCGACGUUACAAUUGGUGGUCAACCAGUUGGGCGUCUGAAGAUGGAGCUUUUCAAAGACGUGGUCCCACGGACGGCAGAGAACUUCCGGCAACUGUGUACCGGGGAAUACAAGAAGAACGGGGUACCUCAGGGCUACAAAGGAUGUCACUUUCAUCGGAUCAUCAAAGACUUCAUGGCGCAAGGGGGAGACUUCUUGAAGGGUGAUGGAAGCGGCUCUUUGAGCAUAUACGGUGACAAGUUCGAGGAUGAGAACUUUACGUUAAAGCACAGUGGACCAGGACUCCUGUCGAUGGCAAACAGCGGACCAAAUACCAACGGAUCGCAGUUUUUCAUAACAUGCGCCAAGUGCGACUUCUUGGACGGAAAACACGUCGUGUUUGGGCGGCUGGUUGAUGGGCUUCUGACAUUGCGGAAGAUCGAAAACGUGCCAACCGGGCCCCAAAACCGACCGAAGUUGCCUGUGAUUAUUGCCGAAUGCGGUGAAAUGUGACAACUGGAAAACUAUGGUACAUAUGUAGAGUGGGUGGCGCGCAGGCGCGGGCCUGUCGUUCAACUAGUUCUGCCAUUUCGGGUGGCGGGAAGGCGCGGUUCCUGACAAGGUCCGAAAGGAGAA